AUGUCCGUUUACUUGUCUACCUAUCACGUUCGCGAGUAUGUGAGCCGUGGGACAAACGGUGAGAAAAAUGAGGGAGCUCACCAGAUCACGCGGAAACCCAAACCUGGACGCGCUGGCCAAAGCAUGAAGAAAGGAAACAAAUGUCGACGGGUUCACAGCGCGCUGGACGAGGCGAACGCCAGUCAGAGCGACAUCACCAACAGUCAUUCACGCCGCAUUAGAUUGGGAGCCAACAUGCGCAGUUAUGUGCGUACACCACGAUCCCCCCAGAAAAAGAAGGUCAAGAUUGUCGCACCAUUGAACAACCCCAGCUGCGACAGGUGGUGCCCCAAUGAAGAUGUAGAGAGUUGGGCAUGGGAGGAUAUAGAAGAGUUAGUGGCUGAGGAUUUGGACGAGGCGGAGAUCUUUGUGGGCAAAAAGAGGUCCCAAGCGUCAGCCAAUCCCCUCCUUGAAUGGGUCCAGUACAAGCAGGAAUUCAUCGAUGAAAGCCUGCGUCGUGAGGCGAGGUCGGCGGAAGGUAGGGCGGGGUCCUGUGUCACCUGUCGAAAGGCUGCCAAACAUCUUGAGGCCAUAAAGCCAGUGGGAAUGGAGUACACCACGGAGGAUACGGCCAGAGAACGGGCGACAAGUGAGGAGCCAAUGGUCACGACUGGGAACCCCGAAUACCGGUGUUUAGAGUGUUUUGGUUCGGUGAACGAAUGUUUAACUUGCUGUCUGAUGCGGCACGAGCAUCUGCCUUUCCAUAGAAUCGAGAGAUGGAACGGGAACUGCUUUGUCAAGUCCAGCUUGAACACUAUGGGACUCCGAAUCCAACUAGGCCAUGAGAGUGAAGGAUGUACGAACCCCGAGCCAGCCCCAAAAGUGUUUGUCGUUCUGCAUGUCAAUGGUGUUCACAAUCUGUGUGUCGACUACUGCAACUGUGAGACCCGGGAACCAAGGCGUGUGCAACUCUUGCGGGCAGGCUGGUAUCCAGCCACCGUUCACUAUCCGGCAACUUGUGCAACACUCGAGCUGCUAAAACACUUCCAUGGUCUGUCGCUGUGCAGUAAGGUCUCAGCGCAUGAGUAUUACAUGAACCUAGAGAGGUUGACCGAUAACUCACGCGUCGACGUUCCCAAUACCCGUUAUAAAGCAUUCCUGCGUAUGAUGAGGCAGUUCCGCCACGAGCGUAUGAUGAAGCGGGCUGGAAGGGGUAAUAUUGAAGAUGGUAUCGCCACUGCGGAGGCUGGCGACCUUGCGCUCACCUGUGCUGCAUGUCCGCAACCUGGCAUAAAUCUACCAGAUGGGUGGCAGUCGAUACCACCAGGAUCAAGGUUUCUUUAUUCGCUCUUUGUGGCGGUGGACGCAAACUUCCGGCUAAAGAAUCGACUCCGUUCCCAAGAGACGCUGGAUCCGGGCUUGCAUACUGGCCUGGCCUAUUUCGUCCCGCAGAAGCCAUACAACGAGCAUAUCCUCAAAUUCGCCUCGCAGAAAGACAUCAGUGUUUGUAGUGGAUUCAGUGCCUUGGCUCGCGCGGACUCCAAGUCGACCAGCGGACUACGUUAUACGGGGGUUGGAAUGUGCAUAUGUGCCCGUCACGAACUUAUACGACCUCUGGGAGUCGGGGACCUUCAAAAAGGGGAGCGCUAUUGCAACAUGGACUAUAUCGUACUCUCUGCCAUCGCUGGGUUGUCACUUAUGACACUGACCAUCAUCUAUGAUAUUGCCUGCCAAUGGAAGGCCAAUUUUCCGACUCGCAUGCUGGCCUUUCCCUCAUCACUCCGAAUUGCAGAUGCCGUGCACGUCGAUUUCGCUAUCCCCAAGUGCCAUCUCCUAGCGCACCAGACGCCAUGUCAGACACCCCAUUCCCUCAACCUUAAGCCCGGUGUUGGACGAACUGACGGAGAAGGCAUUGAGAGAGACUGGUCGAUGAUUAACCCAGCGGCGAAUAGCACGAAGGAGAUGGGGGCAGGAUCUCGGCACAACACCCUUGAUGACCUGUUCAGCCACCACAAUUGGAUGAAGACCACGGGCCUGGGGCUGUCUCUUCGGCGGAAAUAUCGAAUUGCCGUGGUCGAGGCCAAGCGACAUAAGGAGCUCUUCGAGGAGUUCUCCGAAUCUGUGGACAACCCCGAGCUGAUUAAGAGCUGGACGGAGAUGAUACAGGACUGGGAGCAGGACAAAAGCAAGCCGAAUCCUUAUGUAUCCGCUUCAGCGCAUGAGGGUGAAACCAGCGUAAAACUCAAGUUAAUGGAGGCUGAGCACCAGGACAUAGAGUCAGGUAUGACGUACGGGUCAGAGAAGUCGGCUACGGGGUUCUUGGCCAUGGGAUUGGCCCUAGAAGAGUCGCAGCGCCGUAUCAAACUACAGGCCGCAACGAAAGAGAUGACGGCACUGCAAAUGUCACAGCUACAGGAAAAGCGUGUCAAUGUUCAACGACAGAUCAAGCAAUUUCGGACUGAGCAGCGUAUCUAUAUGCCCGUGGUCGACACAAUACUUCAACGAGACGAGGGCAGCAAGCGAGUCGCUGUGGAAGACAUGCCAUUGAUGCUACCAUCAGACCUGGACGACGAAUUGCGUGAAAGCGGCUGCGUGGACGGCCUCUCUGCCAAGGAAGAUCAGCUGCGUGAGGCCCAGUGUCAAGACGCACUGGAACGCAUUCGACUCACUCAACGAGCCAAGCGUCACAUCAUGAUUCACAAGAGGAAGAGCCAGCCUGGGCAGAGGACCGGUACACGAGCUCGGUCUGAUUUCGAGCGCCUCGACGUGAAGAUAUCGCAAGCAGCGGUCAAGUAUCGGACGGCGCAUGCUGCCCUCAUUCGAUUCCGUGGUGGCGUAUCGGUCCUGAAGCAGCUACCGUACCUACGCGACCAAGACAUCUGCCCACCCCCUGCCUUCGAUGUAGACAACAUUGAGCCUGCGCGUAACCUUCAGGAGGCUGCUGAGAGGCUAGGCGAGGGACGACGCGAAAUACCGUGGAUCUGGAGGACGGCCGGGGUUCUGGGGGAUGGCGAAGAUGCGUCACUCAAUGAUGGUCUGCGGAUCGAGUGGGCUAAAGGGCGCGCAAGAGCUCUUCGGUGGUCAGAGGAGGUACUGUUAUGCAAGGAGGAGAUGCGACGGGUCCGACAAACAUUUGAAUUCCGAGCCCAGCAGUGGCGCACCCGGAUCAGCGGCGGGAGGAGUAGUGAUGACAUAUCCCUCCUCGAGGGCUUAUCUGCCUACGCACACUCUCAAGCCUUGGUCUACAACAACCUGGGCCACCAUUUCUGCCGGCUGUGGGAGGCUGCACCUUCCAAGCGCUCCAAAAUGGUUGCGGUGCCCGGGCCUGGAACGGCAGAUGCAGCGGCGGCGGAGGACGAGUGCCUCAUGACGACACUGCAAGCGGAGGCAUCGAGGCUUGCGGCAGACGACGACGACGAGGAUAGCACGGACGAUGACAGGGACAUGGAGGAGGAGGAGGACGAAGAUUCAUAG